UGAUCAUUUCCGCUUCCUGUUUCCGGCUCGACGUGUGCAAGACAAGAUGGCGGACAAGAAUAACCUUCCGCAAGCUUCGCUACUUUUCUCGGGUUCGGACAACUUCAGCUUCCCUCAGCUGAACACCUCGGCCACCCUGGUGCCCGUGGUGGGACAGGAGGCCUCCAUGAUCCCGUCAGAAGAAGAGGGGGAGGCGGACAGUUUCCUGGGUCAGAACAACCCCCCGACAUCCCAGCCCGCCCCCUUCACGUUCUUCCAGCAGCAGUCCAACGGGCCAGACCCCUUCUCUCAGAUCGGCAGCGACGCCCCCGACCCGUUCGCGCAGAUCUCCGACCAACGCCAGCCGCCGCUGAUACAGGAGCAACAGCCCGAACUCUUCGCUCCCUCCUCCCAACCCUCCCAGCCUACCCCUCCACCCCCCGCUUCUCAACCCUACUCCCCCCAGCAGUACUACCAAACCCCUCCCCCUUCUCACACCCCCCAGUCCCAGAGCUUCUCCAGCCCCCCCACAGUCCUUCCCCACCCCUCCCCCCCUCCUUUUUCCACCCCGUCCAUGACCUCAGCCCCUCCCCAGGACAACGUGGUCAGACCGACUCCCCACUCCCCACAGUACGCAGAGGGCCUUCCCCCAGGGGUGCCCCCGCCCCCUACAGAUUCACAGCUGCAGUCCCAGUGGCAACAGCAAGGGGGCUCUCUGUCAGCCAGCUCCACUGGUUCCAGUCUGGUAGGCACGCCCGGUUACGAGCCGGUCCAGCCACACUGGUUCUUCUGUAAGAUAGUGGAGGGACGGGAGGUCUGGCUGCCGUUCUCUUUGCUGGACUCACUCCGAUUGGAAGAAGCCUUCUCAACAGUACAGCAAGAUCCGGAGAACUACAUCAUCCCUACAAAUGGCGGUCGUUACGACGUCCAUCUCAACGAGCGUCUGCGGUACUCCGUGUUCUGGGAGGAGGAACCGUCCAUCGUGCGACGGUGCACGUGGUUCUACAAGGGUGACGGUGACAACAAGUUCGUGCCUUAUCCUGAGGACUUUUCAGAGAGGCUGGAGUCGGAGUACUUCAACGCUGUGACGAACAACGCCUGGCACCGUCGCCUUGAGUUCCCGGGCGGCGAGACCAUCGUAAUGCACAACCCCAACGUGAUCGUACACUUCCGACAGACAGCGCAGCCCGAUGAGUGGGGAACCACACCCGACGGUCAGAUGAGGCCGCGCGUCGUCAAGAGGGGGGUGGACGAUGUGGUGGAGAUAGAGGAUGGUGAGGUUGGACCUGCAGACCACCUGGUGUUUGUUGUCCACGGUAUCGGCCCUGUGUGUGACCUGAGGUUCCGCAGUCCUGUGGAAUGUGUUGAUGAUUUCCGAGCGGUGUCCCAGAUGUUGAUCCACACCCAUUUCAAACACGGUGUGGAUGAGGGGAAGGUGCAUCGAGUGGAGUUCCUCCCUGUCCACUGGCACAAGGCACUGCACGGAGAUGCCACAGGGGUAGACAGACAACUGAAGAAGAUCACUCUGCCCAGCAUCGGAAGGCUGAGACAUUUUACUAACGACACAUUACUGGACAUCCUCUUCUAUACCAGCCCAUCCUACUGCCAGACCAUUGCAGAAACGGUUGCGUCAGAGAUGGACAGACUGCUGGACCUGUUUCUCGCCAGGAACCCACGCUUUGUUGGAGGGGUGUCUGUCGUGGGGCACAGCCUGGGUUCUUUGAUAGUAUUUGACCUGCUGGCCCAUCAGGGCAUGAGUGCGGGGACUCCCCCCACGGAGCAGCAGGCAGGCCCCCCACCGGAGCCUGAACACCAGGAGGAGACCCCAGCUGAACAGCAGGAGGAGACUGCGGAGGAGCAGGAGGAGGCGGAGCUGAGUCUGGAGGACCUGUUCAACAAGCUGGGGCUGAAUGAGUACAAGGAAACAUUCCAACAGGAGAAGAUCGACAUGGAGUCACUGGUCCUGUGCAGUGAAGCUGACCUGAAGGAGAUGGGAGUUCCCAUGGGGCCACGAAAAAAGCUGUUCGGCUUCCUGAAAGAACAACAGACUGCACAGGAGAGAAAGAAGAGCGAAGCGGAAGACAGGAAGAGAAGAGAGGCUGAGAGGGUUGCACAGGAGGCAGCGAGAAAGGCUGCUGAAGAAGAGAGGCAGAGACAACAGCAGCAGCAGGCAGCAGUAGGGAACGGGAACGUCACAUCUGUACAUGUGGACUACGAUACAGGCCACUCUGGUGUCGGCAUGCCACAUGUGAGGUAUCCCCAGCUGAAGUUUAACCUGACCAACUUCUUUGCCCUGGGUUCCCCCAUCGGGAUGUUCCUGGUCACCCGUGGGAUUGAGGAGAUCGGGGAGAACUUCACCCUACCCACCUGCCCAAACUUCUACAACAUAUUCCAUCCUUUUGAUCCUGUGGCGUACAGGAUUGAGCCCAUAGUGAACCCAACAGUCGACGUGAAGCCUGUCCUCAUUCCACAUCACAAGGGCAGGAAACGGCUCCAUCUGGAGCUUAAGGAAAGUUUGGCCAGGAUGGGUACGGAUCUGAAGAGAGCGAUCAUCGGUGCAGCUAAGAAGGGCUGGACGUCCAUCCACGACUUUGCCCGCGCACACUCGGCAAACGAGGACGUCCAGGCUGACCUGGACAGCAUGGCGGACAACAUUGUACAGGAGAUCAAGGAAGAGGAGGAGAGGAUGCAAGUCUCAGAUGCUGUAGAGAAUCCACCUCCAGAGGAUGUACAAAUUGGAAAACUGAACCGAGGCAAUCGCAUCGACUAUGUGCUGCAAGAGAAGCCCAUCGAGAGCUUCAAUGAGUAUCUCUUUGCUCUGGGCAGCCAUGUUUGUUACUGGGAGUCUGAGGACACCGUCCUGCUGCUGAUGAAGGAGAUCUACUCCACCAGCGGUGUCCUUCCCAUGAUUCCCGGGUCACAUGAUCGGUAGUCGCUAACCCUGUGUUGUAACAGUACGUCAGCGAUGCCGUGUGAGGGAAGGGGACCCUUGUAGAUAUUUUGUUAACUACAUGUAUUUUAGAAAAGGAUAUUACAAAUAAAGUCAAUUUUGGUCAGGGCAUUCGAAAUCUAAUGAUAUUUACCCUGCACCAAUUCAAUUGUAAAAUGAGAAAUCUGCAUGUAUAUCAAGGACAGCAGCCUUAUAAAGUUCAAAUGACAGUGGGUAGCAAAUGCAGCAAUGACAACAAUAUGGUUUGUAGUGUUCUACUAUAUAGUAACAGAAUAUACCAACAGAAUAAGUGAGCCUUGCCUUGUGUCACUUUUACAGAUCAAUGAGCUGUUUUAGUGAAGCUGCAUGUACUCACUCACUACUUCUAAUCAAAUGUGUUUAAUGUCUGGUUGGCUGUUGACAUGGAUUUUGAGUAUGAGGGUACUACUAACUUUGUAAAUGUAAGCUUUACUUUGCUAUAAAGGUUAUUGGUAUAUGUGGCAAUAUUAGUAUGGAGCUUGAAGAAGGCUGCACAUGUAGGUAUAGCCAAGAGUCAUGGAGUCUUUUUUCUGUGUUUGAAGCAAGUGUAAUUCUGUCAGUUUCCUGUAAUUUCAACCGUCAACAAUUUGAACCAUCAAAUCAUCAGCACACAGGAUUUUGUAGAGCUAUAGUUGUCAUAGAAUGUAAGGUAUUGUUUCAGUAAACUUGAGUAGAUGUCUUGCUUCAUGUGUCCAUUGAUGUUUGUCUGUUCCAAAUUAAAAUAUUUUUGGGACCCAUAAAAUGUAUUUUAGAUUUGAUUGUUGUCAAUCAGAUGAAUGUUAUGAUUUACAUGUUUAUCAGAAACCUAACUUUGUCAGAAAAUACAGGAAUUUUUGCCCUUCUUAGCUGCACAAAUUUCCAUUCACGCUUUGAGGAAACAGAAGUCAUGUUUUGGAAGACAACACUUUCAAUGACUGGUGUAACAGUAAUAUUGUAAAAAUGUGUACAUUUCAUAGGAGUAUAUUAGACAAGUAUAUACCACUCGGUCCUGUGUGCCAAGUCAAUAUACAGCCAUUAUAAAUGUAAGCAAGUGGUUAUCUAACUGAUUUGGUGUAUUGAUAUGUUGAAAUCAUGA